AUUUUUUCGCGCAUCAUAAAAUUGUUACAAACGUCAGAUAGAUUAUUCGAUUAAAUAAAUCAGAUAAACGUUAUAAACAAUCAAGCUCUGAAAGUCUGUUUCGGAGUCGAGAAGACGUUUGUUCAAAUACGUCGGUAACAUGACGAUUUGUUUUUAUGACGUUUCGACGGGAUAAUUCACCUUGUCGUCAAACAUCGUCACUUUGACAUUACAGAAAUGGAUUGACAUCGAUCAUACAGUAUGUUGCCUGACACAGAGGUCAACAUAGACACCAUGACCGAAGAAGGAGAUACUCAACCAGGAAGCAGCGGGGAAGCUCACGCCGAAACAACGAACGACUCCCGAAUUCCUCAUCCUGAAGGCACUCAAGAAAGUGGAACUGACAACUCUUCGCAAUAUACGACCGCAACAUGCCAGGAUUCGUUGACCUUGCACUCAACAACACAAGCUGAAUGCAGCGACGCUGCGAGCAUUUAUACGGCUAGCACUUCCGUUUCCGGAUAUGAGACGAGUUCGAGCAGGGUUAGUGCCGUGACCGUGGUUUUACCGUGGGGCGCUCAAAAAGAAACCGUGAGACCACAACAGAUCGAAGACAUGGAUUUGAGACCCGGUGAAUUCGUGAUGCGGACUCUCUUUGCUGAUUUUACAUCACAAGCUGAAAAGAAGAUCGACGCGGUUAUGGCCGAACCCGAAAAGCCUUUAUCGAAAGUGCUGCAGAGAGGGGAAGAUGCUCAAUUCGAUCAAUUGCUGUCUGCUUUCGGCUCUGUAGCUGAACAUUGUUUACCGUCUAUACUGAGAGCAUUGUUUAGAUGGUAUGAGCGACAAUUAGUCGAUCAAGUAUUGGAUCAGAAAAAACCUGCGCCUGGAAAAGAGGACCAGAGAGGAAAAAGCAUAAUGUAUACAAUCGUGUCCGGAAGUGUGGAAACUGUGGAGAAAAGCGAGGGUGAUUUGCUUCAAGAACGGCGAGACCUCGCUGUUGAAUUCAUUUUUUGCCUGAUGUUGAUUGAGGUUCUGAGACAACUUCCGUUCCACCCCGGUCACGAGGACCUUGUAACGGAUAUCGAGAAUAUUGCAUUCAAGCAUUUCAAAUACAGAGAAGGCAUACAAAACGAGCCAAAUGCUGGCAACAUUCACAUAAUCGCUGAUCUCUUCGCCGAAGUGAUUGGCGUACUUGCCCAAUGUCGAUUUUUAGCUGUUCGAAAGAGAUUUAUGGUUGAGCUCAAAGAUUUACGAGCCAGAGAACCUGGACCACACACGACGCAGAGUAUCAUUUCGUUACUGAUGGGAAUGAAAUUUUUUCGCGUAAAGAUGGUACCAAUCGAGGAAUUCGAGGCCUCUUUUCAGUUUAUGCAAGAGUGUGCUCAGUAUUUUCUCGAAGUCAAGGAUAAAGACGUAAAACACGCAUUAGCAGGUCUCUUCGUUGAGAUUCUUGUACCGGUUGCAGCGGCCGUCAAGAACGAAGUAAACGUGCCAUGCUUGAAGAAUUUUGUGGAGAUGCUGUACUCAACAACGUUGGAUAUGUGUACCAAAUCGAAGCAUCGGCUCGCACUGUUCCCGUUAGUAACGUGCCUCUUGUGCGUCAGUCAAAAAACAUUUUUCCUCCAAAAUUGGCAUUAUUUUUUGGCGAUGUGUUUGUCGCACCUGAAAAAUCGUGAUCCAAAAAUGUGUCGUGUAGCUCUCGAGGCGUUAUAUCGUUUAUUGUGGGUGUACAUGAUCCGUAUAAAAUGUGAGAGUAAUUCAGCCACGCAAAGUCGUCUACAGAGCAUCGUGAAUUCCUUGUUUCCAAAAGGCUCGAAAGCUGUCGUACCGCGGGAUACGCCUCUCAAUAUAUUCGUCAAAAUAAUUCAAUUCAUAGCUCAGGAGAGGCUGGAUUUCGCUAUGAGAGAAAUCGUCUUCGAUCUACUAUCCGUUGGGCGUGUACCAGUCAAAAUAAUUCUAACUCCAGAACGGAUGAGCAUCGGGUUACGAGCGUUUCUCGUCGUAGCUGACAGUCUCCAGCAAAAAGAGGGCGAACCACCUAUGCCGAGGACGAUGGGUGUUUUACCGAGCGGCAAUACAAUACGAGUGAAGAAAACUUUUCUGAAUAAAAUGCUAACCGAAGAUACCGCACGGAGUAUCGGUAUGUCCUCCUAUUUCCCUCACGUACGUCGCGUCUUUGUCGAUAUUUUACGAGCUCUCGAUGUUCAUUACGGACGCCCGUUGAUGAUGACCAGCACACAGAACAUGAACAAAGAACCUGACGAAAUGAUUACCGGCGAUCGUAAACCAAGAAUCGAUUUGUUUCGGACAUGCGUCGCUGCCGUUCCUCGGCUUAUUCCCGACGGAAUGACCGGCCCCGAACUCGUUGAUCUUUUAUCGCGUCUCACUGUUCAUAUGGAUGAGGAAUUGCGCGGUUUGGCUUACCAGAGCUUGCAAACGUUGGUCCUCGAUUUUCCCGACUGGCGACAAGACGUAGUUCUUGGCUUCACCCAAUUUCUCGCCCGCGAUGUUCAAGACACUUUUCCCCAACUCAUCGACAACGGCCUCAGAAUGCUGCUACAACUUUUGACCAGUUGGAAAAACGCUCUCAUCAGUCCCAGUCCUAGAGCCAAGGAACAGUCGAUCGAUAAUACGAGAACGCACACUCGCAUUGAGCCUGGCGUUAAGAAAAGCGAAUCAUCACAGCGAGUUGAACCAGUCUCAAGCGUAUUUCAUCUCGUGGAAGGUUUCGCCCUGGUUAUGCUCUGCAAUUGUCGUCUCUAUCCUCGUCGUUUGGCAGUUCAUAUACUCCGAGAAGUGAAGCUUUUGUUGAAAGCUUUAGGUGGAUUAGAAACCGAUCAACCUGUAAUCGAUGUUAUAGACGCGUGUUGUCCAGUGGUUCUUGAAAAAUGUUAUCACAUGUUGCCACCUGCAGAAAAAGCAGCAGCAUCGACCUCGAAUGUCGAUCUUCAAUGGAUCGCGGAUCGGAGCAGUUGCGUUUGGACCGCAGGUUUCCAUGACGAGAAUAGCACGAAAAGUUCUUCUCUACUCAAUCUGAACGGUGCUGAUCCCUGGAGCACUUGUUUGUUUGCGUUCCUAGAGAGGGACCGAGUUCUCACCCUUUGUCCGAACGCUACUGCCCACUCUUGGCCAAUCGUUUUCACAAGAAUCAAUUCGUUAUUUUCCGUCGUAGAUCCAACGCCGGUUAACGAUAAUAGAGCAUCUUUACUGAGAAGCUCAACGACGGUCAGGAAGCCUGUAAACGAGCGUGAUGUUUAUAUGCACGUAUGGAAGAAUUAUCUGACGUUCGGUUAUCGGGUUGUGCCGCCGAUACCAAGCCCCAUAAUAAGAUGCGCGAGUCCGGAUCUCAGUCUCAGUGGUCAGCAUACGGUGGAGUUUGGUGUGUUGUGCAUGAGUAAGGAGUUGAGUCAGAGCCUGGAGAACCUCGGCGGGGCGCAGACCCUGCCGGGCCGAUUCUCCGUACCGUCCAUUUCCGGCAUCUACACCAGGCAUAAGCGGACCAGCUCGUCACCAGACAGCUUGUCAGCCGAGAGAGGUGACAACAAAUCACCUGGGAAUAACGCGAGUCCAGCUGCGCUUUACAAACUCACCGUCCCACUUCUGAGAUGCGAAGCCGUGGAUGUGCGCGAUGCCGCGGUUCAUGCCAUUGGAAAAGUCAACGCUGAUGCUCUGAAGGAUUUAAUGGAAGAAUUGGCAAUUUAUAUUCGAGAAGCUGUCGAUCGAAAGCAAGAGAACAUGAGAAGAAGACGUCGCCGUGAUGCCCUCCGGCUUCAGCUCGUAAGAGUUUUGGAGCUAAUCGCCGAAUAUGGUACCUUCGGUAUAUGUCCGGCUGUACUUGAUCGCGAAACGCAAUCUCUGCACCCGACUUUCGUUGAAUACAUAGACGGUGCAAGAGUGUAUCUGGAAAACGAAACCGACAAGGAAGCUCCGGCGGUACGAGAUAUUAAAUUGCACUUCUGCAAUUUCGUUCGUAAAAUGAUCAAAAGUUUUUCACUCGAGGCGUGUCAUUCAUUACUGAAGCGAGAUCUCCGAAGAAAUCUAUUCACGCUGUUUGCCAGUUGGGCCGGUCCUUAUGGACGACCCCUAACAAAUUCAUCCUCGACUCACGACGACGAUAAACUAUGCUCCGAACUUCAAUUAUCAGCUCUUCACGCCAUGAGCGGUUUGCUCUGCAGUGGUCCAUGCUUCAAUCCCCAGUCUCUAUCUGAGGAAGGUGCCAUUCUCUAUCAAUGGAUCGACCUUCUUCUAGCCAGUAAAGAUGAAAAGAUUUACACAUUGGCGCGUGAAACGGUAGUUCUUCUCCUGGAGGGCAAUCCGGAUAUAGGAACACUUUUGGACUGGGUAGUGGAUCGUUGUUACACCGGUUCACCGCAGGUUGCUGACGGUUGUUUUCUCGCUUUAGCGACCAUUUUUAGUGCCAGGGAAUAUCCUUGCGAUCAUUACACCAGUGUCAUUAACGUCAGUCUCAUGAAUACCGGAUGUCCAAGGGCUCCAGUUCACGACGCUGCUCUUCAACUCUUACAACUGCUGGAUCAGCGGUUCUUCGGUAACGUUGGGCCAUUGGCUGCUACUGAACCAGACAAUGGUCAGGAUGAUGGGGGCACGUCGGGAGGACACAACACUAGCGGCGGUGGUCCACUGGGUAAUUCAACGAAUGCGAGUGCAACUAUCAGAGGCGGCACCCUCGAUGCUCUGCUAUCCACGACCUACUGCCGUAACCAGAUGUAUCUCUCGAGACAGCUCGCCCAACUUCAUCCCGAACUCACGAUGCCUAUGUUCAGCGAAAUAACACAUCGAUUUCAGACAGCGAGACGCGAAGUACGACAAUUGUUGCUUCAAUACUUAUUGCCGUGGCUCCACAACAUGGAGCUAGUCGAUCCAAAUGUUCCUUCACCUUCCAAUCCAUCGAGCUAUUAUCAGUAUUAUGCGAGUGACAUGGCACGUGGUGGAGCACGCCGAGAGGGCUGGGGUAGCGCCGAAGCAACGGAAAUGGUUCUCAACAACUUGUUCUACAUAACAACGAAGUUCUCGGACGAACAUCCAAAAGAGGUCGAGGAACUUUGGGCUACUCUUUGUGGUUGCUGGCCGAACAACUUGAAGGUCAUUAUCAGAUAUCUCAUCAUCGUCUCGGGCAUGGCACCUCAAGAACUUUUACCAUACGCAAAGAGAGUGGUGUUAUUUCUGGCGAGGGCUCGACCGGAUCGUUUAGUGGACGAAAUGAUGAUUGAACUGCAAACAGUCGAGACAUUGAAUUGUCUUAUCGAGCGUACGGAAACUCCGCCUUUCUACAGGCUUACAAGUAUGAGGAAAGCUUCAUCCCACAGUGACGCACCACCGGCAGAUCCAGGAAAUCCAUCGCGAGAUUUGGCUGUUGAAAAAGGCACGAUACAUACGAAGCGUCACUCCGGAGAGGAUCCCGUUAAAACAGGAUCGAAAUCGGAUACCGCAUUGCGAGCAUUAGCCGGUUUUCCAACGCCAAGGAUAGAAAAGACAAGAACAGCGAGUGGGCCCCCGAUCCUCCCGGACGAUUUCUCCACUCCGACGACAGAAGCUGAGCUGACUACCGACGAGUCGAUCUACAUAACACGAACGGGUACAACGAUAACGAGCAACAAAGUUCCUGGUCACGGUGAAAAAUUCGAUAUUCCCCAACCGCAUCCACUACCGAUGCCGGAGUACGGUGGCUACUUUGCACCGUUGACGGAGUACCUUCCGGACAGUUCACAGCCGAUUAGCGGUUUCCACAGGUGCAACAUAGCGGUGAUGCUGAUAACGGACGUGGUGGUCGACGGCGUGCAGCUCGAUUGGGCGAUCCACGUACCCCUCAUGUUGCACAUCGUGUUCCUCGGUCUCGAUCAUUCUCGUCCCCUCGUGCGUGAUCACUGUCGCGCCCUGUUGCUCAAUCUCCUCGUAGUGCUGGGCGAUCAUCGCGAUCAUCUCGGGGUAGCGCGCGUUUUGUUGGCUUCGAGAACGGAGCAACUGGGGCUCGGUUUAACGACCCCGGCGUUGCCAGUUAUCGAGCACAAUUUCACCGAGGUUGAUCCCGAAUUCGACAGUUAUCUGUACGGUCCACCAACGACGGUGCCGCCACCGGCAACCCCGCCGCAGUUGAAUUCGCCUCCGGAAACAAGCUCGACACCAGCCGUCACAAUUCCACCGCCACCGCCGCCGCCUCCGCCGCCUCCUCCUCCGCCACCGCCGCCCCCGCCUCCGCUGCCUCCUCCUCCGCCACCUCCACCGCCUCCUCCGCCACCUUUACCCGAUUCCUCUGAUGUUUCACCGGCGUGCUCGCCGACCCCAACGCUCUCUCACGCGGCUGGCGCGAGUGUUGCAAAUCUCUCGCAUCCCUCGCAAUCAUCCACGAGGGACAACGCGAGUUACGAGGCUUCGAACAAUCGCGCCUGGCCCCCGACGUCGGCACCAACUUCCGGGGCUCUACCGGUUAUCGUCACACCCGAGGAUGCUACCAAUUGGGCGGUCCCCCAUCCCGGACCAAAUAUGGCCAUCCAAGAUGUCAUUAAGUCACUCAUUAAUUUCUUAGCGUCGCGGAUCGAUCAGCCCCUCUGGAACUAUGAGGAUAUGACCGCAAAAGUAUGGUGGGUCCGGAGCGCCGAACAGUUGACGAUCCUCUUGAGACACGUGCUUCGAGUUUUCCGGGAUUCGUUGCCUCACGCCCACGUUAGUCAACGCUGGGCCGAGACUGCUCUACAAUUGGGGCUUUCCUGUUCUUCGAGACACUACGCCGGCAGAUCUCUUCAGGUUUUUCGUGCCCUCAGAGUUCCCAUCACCUCGAGGAUGCUCUCGGACAUACUUUCGAGACUGGUGGAAACGGUAGCCGAGCAAGGCGAGGACAUGCAGGGCUACGUCACCGAAUUACUAUUGACGCUCGAAGCGGCCGUUGACUCUUUGGAAUCGGAUUUUCGACCGUUGGACUUUAUGAAAGAAAUCUUUAAAUCAACGCCCAAUCUGAAUAACAAAGAUCCUGCUUCCGGUAUGAUAAUCGGGGGUAAAAGAAGCUCGGGCGGCAUCGGCAAUCCAACUGGAUCACACGUUUUUACCCAUCUUCAUCAGACUGGACAUACGCGCAGUACGAGCUAUUCCGUCAGUUAUUGCAUGAGGAAAACUAGUGGCUCCGGGAGCGCCCCCACCAGCGAUCCGAAAGAAUUGGACACCCGCGUUGGCUGCAACAAGUAUCCAAACACAAAUUUGUCGAGAUCGCGAUCGGCGCAAUCGUUGAAAUUACUCGGUGAUUCGGCUACUCAGGACGACAAAAUGACGAUACUCGCACAAUUGUUCUGGUUGUCCGUGUCCCUUCUGGAAUCCGAUUACGAGCACGAAUUCUUGCUCGCUCUCAGACUCCUCGGUAGGGUUUUACACAGAUUGCCGCUGGAUCGUCCAGACGCCCGAGAUAAAGUUGAAAAAUUGCAACAACAAUUGGGCUGGAAUUCUUUUCCCGGUGUUCACGCGCUGCUUCUCAAAGGUUGCACUAGUCCAAACACUUACGAGCCCGUUGUCACGCUCUUGUCACAAUUCACAACGUUACUGGAUCUACCGGUCGUCGAUCCCACACAGAGCCUCGCUUUUCCCAUGAACGUCAUAUCAUUGCUGCCUUACAUGUUACUCAAUUACGAAGACGCCAACGAGUUGUGCAUCAGAAGUGCUGAAAAUAUUGCUCAAGUGAGCGCAGAAAAAGGCAAGAAACUCGACCACCUUGGCACUGUGAUGACCCUCUACAGUCGUCGCACAUUCAGCAAAGAGAGCUUUCAAUGGACGAAAUGCGUUGUCAAAUAUCUUUAUGACACUUACGCCCAUCUCAGUUUCAAUAUGCUGGCAUUUCUUGUCGAGGUUUUGGAGAAAGGACCGAGCAGUGUGGCACUUCCUGUACUGAGUAUAAUACACUGUUUGCUUCACUACGUGGAUCUCGCAUCGCCAGCCGCUCAACCGAUAAAUACUGAGUUAUUGAGAGUCAUCUCUAAAUACGUUGAGGGAUCUUACUGGAAAGAGGCUUUGAAAAUUUUGAAACUCGUGGUAACGAGAUCGUCGACCCUAGUGGCACCACCUACGUCAGUUCACGGCCCUUCGUGGGAACCUUCCUUGACUUCGCCCCAUCCUAGUUUCACCGAUACUGAAAUAUUUACGAAGAAAGAAUUACCGGGGAGAACGAUGGACUUUACGUUUGACGUUAUGAAGACUCCUGUUAUUGGUAAAAGAUGGUUGAAACGUCCGGUUGACGAAGAAAAAUCUUUAGGCUCGCCGAGACGCUCCUUGUCACUUUCACCCGCAGACAGCAGCGCCAUUUCUGGGUGGAAAAGACCCUGGAUGUCGCAGGGACGUGUACGAGAAUGCCUGGUUAAUCUGCUAAGGCCGUUCGGCCAACCGGUUGGCCUGCCCAAGAGUCCGUCCGUAAUAUUCAGCCAAAGUUCGGAUCUCAUGGAGAGACAAUCAUCAAUGGCGUCGUCGACGGAAGAAGUAUCUGGUGCUAACAACGAUUUGAGCGGAGGAUCUCGACGCGACGAUGAACAAUUUGGUGUCUUCAAGGACUUUGAUUUUCUUGAGUACGAGAGUGAGAGCGUUGAGGGUGAAAGUACUGAUAACUUCAAUUGGGGAGUGCGAAGAAGACCUCUCAGCGAGGGCGAGGAAAGAGAACCAAGUUUUCGCCAUUUCGAGGAAAGUCUCAGCGAAAAAACACCUUCGUCGAGCAAACACACGACUCGGCGUUGCGUGGCGGAGGAAUCCUCGGACGAUGAAAUCGGUUCGGAAUCGCCAUUAGACGAAGUUCCGGGUGGCUCUGGAACGGGACAGGAAGUUAACAGUAUUCCUGGAAUGUUUCCACCCUCUUCAUUGUCUCUGAUACCGAGUCGCUCGCGUCACGAUUCAUCUACGAGAUCCGAUACGUCGGGAUCAAGUGCUGGAGAUUUGGGUGAUGUAACUCCGUGCAACGCUUCACCGAAUCUAUCAGCUUUGAUGCCUUUCCGUCAGGUCGUACGCGACGACGCCGAAGAAAUUUGGCGACAGCAGAUACAGAAUUUGAUUACCCAAUCGCCUUACAAUACUUUAGACUUUUUUCAUCUUCUUAGCAGAAUUCUCAGGGAUGUAAGCAGCAAAUCCGUAGGGCUAACACGAGAGUCCAGCGCUUUGUUGAACAACGGAAGUUCAGCUUCGUCUCAGUUAGCUUCCCAUUUAUCUAAUCAUGCUGAGUUAUUGAGCUCCAAAGCUGAACCGCCUCUUGUUUGGUAUUCAAUUGCGGUAUUUGCAAAUCAAAGAAUGAACGAAAGUCUGCGUUUCGGGAUGCUGGAGAUACAAGAACAUCUUGAGACUUUUCUUGACAAAAAGGAUCACGCUACUGAGUGUCUUGAAACAGUCAAAGCAACGCACAAAUUACAAGUGCUCGGUGAGUCUCACAGUGGUGAUUCCGGAUUCGAGGAAAUGUUGCCAGGCCUCGGACGAGCUUUAUACAAGCUUCAUUUUCAACUGCUGCUGCUCAUUGAAGCGUCAAACAAAAUGCUCAUUGCCUUGAUGAAAGCGACGAAAAAUGUGUCGAUACAGUUACAAGACAUGUCAUCGGAAAUAGCGAGCAUGAAAAUGGCUCUGGGACGUGCCCUCGAGGAAAGUACGGAGAGCGAGCGUGGCACCCCAACACCAACACCAAGUCCAAGUCCGUUGCCAGGAAGUGGAGCAAACGAGGAAGUUGCCAGAAUUGUUGAGCUAUUGAGAUCGGCUCGAUGGUCCUCAGCUCUCGAAGCGGUCAGAUUGCACAGAGCUCAAUGGCCGGGUGAUCCCUUUCACGAUGACGAUGACGUUACGACAGCUGUUCAUAUGUACUGUCGUUAUUUAGGACAGGAAAGAUCUGAUUUAUUCGUGAUGACAAGAAGUGAUCACGAGAUGAAGGAGAUCGUCGACCGACUAAUGGAUAGUCUGUUCCAAGUAUUGGCCGCAGUAACAGGACUCGAAGCCUCAGUCAAAGUCUCUACGAUUCAGGGUGAUCGCGUUCAAAUAUCGAGUCACUCGCAUCAUUCGAAAACCGACUGAAUCCAAUUUUCUACCACGGAUUAAUUAUACGAAAAUCUUACACUCGUUAAUUAGUAUGUAAUUACUCUUGUCGCGUGAUACAUGAAAAGAAAAUCCACGGCUACAAAAAAGACACAUUGGAUUUAUUUUGUUGACCGAUGUGUACACGGGCAUAUUACUAUUUUUAGGAACAAGAAACAUAAUUGCUGUGUAAUUAAUUUACGUUGUGAUUGAAGGGAUGAGAAAGCAGAAUUGAAGAAGCGAAUGAAGAUAAAGCAGUCGCUGUUCUUUUUUUCUAUUUCUUCCUUUCUAUUUUAUAAUUGUGCACAAAAUAGAAAAACAAAACGAAAGGAGUGUGUGAGAGAGAGAAGAAGACGAAGAGAAAAGAGUACGGAACCAUGACUGACAAAAGUCGAAAUGAUUCUUUGAUCAAUAAAGUUCAAAAUGAGUUUAGUUUAA